AUGUGCAAUGGAAAAAGCACACAUAUUGAUGAUUACAUUGUGUCAGCAACUGAGAAAUGGAUGGAUGAUCCUUCAGAGCAAAACAUGACAUUUAAAGAGGCUGUGGCUAUGAUUACUGGAGCUAGUGUGACAUUAUUUGAACACAUUGAUAUGAUCACAGGCCAACUACAUCAACCUUUAGAUCCAGAUGGUGAAUCAGUUGCACCAGAGACUAUACCAAUAAAACCAGCUCAGGGUGUACCAUAUUCUGCAGAUGUUAAAUCUAUGGGAAAUGUUGAAGAAGCCUUAACCAAUCUUACAAACAGAAUCGACCAGCUUGAAUCCAAAUUUUUAUCUAUACUUAAUACAAAACAGUUGAUCGAAGAGGAAAUGUUGUGUUUCAAACAAUCAAGAGAAAAUUUUGAGUCUGAACUUGUGUUAAAAAUUGAAACACUUGGGAAACUGUCGUGUGCCCAAGAUGAUAAAAUAAUUGACCUGAUGAAGGAAAUAAAAAAUUUGAAAGAAAAGGAAUCAGCUACAAAUAAGCAGAUAGAGAAACUUACUCAUGACACAAAGGAAAAUGAAAAAAUAUUUCUGAAGAUUGAUCAAGAGUUGCAGAGAAAUGCAGAUAAAAUGGAAAAUAUUACUAAGGAUGUUAAAAAUCAAUCUAAAUUAAUUACUACUUUACAAGAAGAACACCUAAAAAAUGCUGAACACUCAGCUACCACCCUUAAAAGCAUUGGAUCUAAGUAUGGUGUGAUGUGCAAAAUACUGCAGAAAAGAUUAGCACCAGUUGAAAAACUUAUGCUAAAUGCUAAUCAGACCACAGUGAAAAAUGAACCGAAUUUACAAAUGGUUGAAUCGUCUGACAAGUCUUUAAAUGUUCGAUUGGAUAAAACCUGUGAGUACGGUUUUAAUUACUCAUAA